AAGAUGGUGUUCUGACAUCACCAUCAUUAUGACGACAGAUGGCCCACUGGUGCUCAGGCACGCAAUGACAGAGCUACAUAAUGAUGGCUCGCGUGCUUGCUGGAAAGACUCUCUUGCUAACACAGCUUCAUUUGAUCACCUGAACAAGUCCAAGUUCCUCGGCGUCUACAAAUUUCAAAUCAGCUCUUGCAACCAUAUUCAGAUCAGAAAUCAUGGCACCCGAUCCGCACCAAGGAGGCCGUCUUGAAGACAUGGCUGCGGAGGGCACGACCAUUCCUGGCGAUGCUGGCAAGAUGAACGUGGUCUCACCUUCUGACCACCCGGAUCAGACUCACACAAACCUCGCACAUGCAGCAGAUGACGCCUUCGACAUACCGCGUAGUGUGAACGACCGCGGACAAACAGGCGAAGUCAUGACAGGUACUGGCGACCAGCUACCGUCAAGUAUUGAGAAGAAGAACCUGGACGACGCGGGCUUCGACCCAAGAGCCAAGGGUCACGAUCAGUAUGCGAAACAUGCUAGGCAGGAUAAUCCCAUGGACAGCUUGAAGCAUGGAGCUGGUAGUCAUGACGUGGAGGCUGCGCCUGGCGAAGAGGAAGAGAGUCAAGACGCUCUUCUGAACAAGCGCGGCGCGAAGUAGGUGAUGCAGGACAUCGCACUUCCUGUAUAUACAGUAUGACGUUAAGACCGAACAAAGGCCAAGAGGCGCAAAAUCAACAAUCUGAGAA